UAUCAUCAAAUAAUUUCAUAAAAAACCUCUCUCUAAGUUUCUCUCUCUAAUGUCUCUCUAAAAUUCUCUAGUUUUCCAGACCUUAUCUCAUCUUUGAUAAGCUCUGAUUUCUAUCAUCCAUACAAAAGAUGCGAUCCAAUUCUUAGCUGUAAUUCUUCUUGAUCGGUCUCCGUCAAUACGACUCUGUCAACACGACUUUCGGGGGAGGUGAUUAUCCUAACAGUGGUUGAGCUUGAUCGAAAGGGCCGAGGUAGUGCCUAAAUCGCUCCCAAUACCUGGAAAAUCACCGAGCUCGUCUGAUCAAUACGACUCUGUCAACACGACGUGAUCGGUUAAAGACGUCGAUGCCGAUGCAGACGUCGACGCCGACGCAGAUGUCGAUACCGAUACAGAUUAUUGUUCGUUUUGAAGACGCAAAAAUUUGAUACCGAUACCGACGCCGAUGCAGGAAGCAGAAUUAAGUGAUGUUCGUUUGAUAGAUGCUGCGACGUAUCCUCGAAAAGGCAUACAAUCUCUUGUGGAAUGAACAAGCUAAAAUGAGCUAAGGUCAGAUAAAGUUAUGGUUGUGGAAACCAUUUCUAGGACCUGAAAACUAGAUUUGCUUACAAUGAUUAAAGUUUUGUUUGUGAUAACUGAUAAGACGAGUAAAAAAAACUUUUAUAUGACGAUAUAACUAACCUACGGACAAACGCAAGAAACAAAAGGCAGAUUAGCUUUCAAGAUUUCUCAGACUUUUAAUAGUUUUUUUUAACAAUAAAACGGGUCCCCACCCAGUGUCAAACACUUUCCAGUAGAGAAAUGUUUAUCUUCUUCUUCAAUCUUAUUGGGCCACAUUUUCUACCUUUCUCCUUUUCAUCGCCUAACCUCUCUGUCUCUCUACCACAAGUCAUCUUCUUCCUCUCUCUCUCGAAUCUUGUUCCUUUGCUCCUCUUUCGUCCUUGGCCUUGGUGUGGUCAUUCUUGAAGUCGGUGUUUAAUAUCGUUUUUCUUUGAUCGGGUGAGAUCUAAUUGUAGUAUGUGGUUAUAGUUUCAGCCUGGUUCAUGUGAUUACGAUUUUAGGUUUUAUAUUAUUAGGAGGGGUUUUUGAGAUAAUUAGGGUUUUUUGAGGUGUUAUGAUGAAGAGAGGGAAAGAAGAGGAGGAGAAGAUAUCAGUAGAACCCAUGUUUCCUCGACUAAAUGUGAAGGAUGACAAAGGAGGAGGACCUCGAGCUCCUCCUAGAAACAAGAUGGCUCUCUAUGAGCACCUUUCCAUCCCUUCUCACACCUUUACUACUCAUCAUAAUGCUUCCUUCCCACGUCACACCAACUCUUUCUUUCCUCCUCCUCCUCGACCAUUUAACCAGCCUUGUGGCGUGGAAAGAAACUUGACUUCCCAGCAUCUUGAUUCUUCAGCUUCUGGCCAUGUAACCCAAUUGUCUCUCAUGGAAAAUGUGUCAACUUUACCACAUCAAAGGAAAAAAACGGUACGAGAGGAUGAUGAUUUUGCGGUUCCAGUAUAUACUACUAAUAGUCAGUGUCCUGGUAGAACCAAGAGUGAAAAACGCACCACACUGUUUAGAGACCAGGCCAAGGGCGGUGGCUUUGCUAACUCUUUAGGUUCAUCAGCUACACAUGGGAUGGAACUUGAAAUAAAUGAUUCCUUGAGACAAGAGUCUACAAGUACUAGGAUGAUAGACCAAGAUGGUGAUGAAUCUAGUAGAGUGAUGGAAACUGAUGAUGGAGUUGAAGAAUCUCAUUGCAAAAGUAGAAGAUACGUCUCUGUGGGGCAUAUAGAUGAAGAGGCAUGUGAUGAUGAUGACCUGAUGGUGGAUUCUUCUAUAUCCAGCGUAGACGCCUUCUCUCCUGAUGAAGUUGUGGGAGUAUUAGGUCAAAAACGUUUCUGGAGAGCUAGGAAAGCUAUUGCCAAUCAACAAAGAAUAUUUGCGGUUCAACUAUUUGAGUUGCACAGACUCAUUAAGGUUCAAAGACUUAUUGCUUCAUCAUCGGAUGUCUUGCUCGAUGAGAUUAGUUAUCUCGGAAAAGUUGCUGCUAAAAGCUAUCCCGUGAAGAAGCUUCUUCCCUCAGAAUCUAUAGUAAAGCCUCCUCCUCUUCCCCACGCUACCGACCACAGAAGCAGCCACUCGGAGAAGACUGACCAACAACAUAAAAUGGAAUGCUCAGCUGAGAACGUAGUCGGGAAGUCGUCAAACCAAGGUCAGAAUCAACCGUCACCACCAGCUGUAAAUGGAUGUUACUAUCCUCCUCCUCUCCCUGGAGGAAAUCAGCAAUGGUUGAUCCCUGUAAUGUCUCCUUCCGAAGGGCUAGUAUACAAGCCUCACCCAGGUCCAGGAGGACACCACACAGAGGCCCUCGUCUGUGGAGGCUAUUAUGGUCAUUUUAUGCCUGCACCGAUGAUAAUGGGUAGUUUCAUGGGGGGUGGUGGUUCACCUCCUUUUCCUGGUAAUGUCUACUUCCCUCCUUAUGGUAUGAUGAACCCUUACGGUUCAGGCCAACAACAACAACAGCCACCCAAUGAGCAAAUGAAUCAGUUUCUGCAUCCUGGAAACCUUCAGUACGCAUCGGCUGUGAACACCCAACAACAGAGCUCCGUGAACGAAGCGGUCUCACAACAACAGCCAACAAAAUCUUAUCCCCGGGCUAGAAAGAGCAGGCAAAGGAGCACAGGAAGCAGUAGUCCAAGUGGUACGAACUCCUUUCGGCCAUUGUCAGUGGUUGAUGAUGAUGACAACAAUGAGCAAAUGAUGACGACAACCACAACAACGACGAGAACGACUGUUACUCAGACAACAAGAGAAGGAGGUGGUGGGGUGGCGAGAGUGAUAAAGGUGGUUCCGCACAACGCCAAGCUGGCGAGUGAGAACGCUGCAAGGAUUUUCCGGUCGAUACAGGAAGAACGUAAACACUACGACUCCUUUUCUAACCACUCUUAAGCUUUUGUCUUUUUCUUUCUUGUUCGUUUUCGUAAUCUGUGUCUGCGACUUACUCUAUAUCAGUACCAUUAAAUCAGAAUCAUUUCCAAAUUAUACCCUUAA